AGAUUUUAUAAAAUCACUUUUAACCCGAACGUGUCAGUAGGGGAGACAUGGCUAAUUCCAAUGCGGAAGAUCUGGGGGUCAUGGGUAUUGUGGAAGAUGUUGCACACAAGAGCAACGACAAAGAUAUUGAAUUUGAUACACUUAUCGGACACUUGCAGGAUAUCGUUUUAGAGGUCGGCUUUCAAGAUCUGCAAGAUGGAUUCUUGUCUGAACAUUCCGACGAAUUCGACGAGGAAGAAGAAAAUAAGCUCGUCUAUAUGGAAAUAUACAACAGCUACAUAACUAAGAUUGAGGGUUACAUUUCUAAACGAUUAAAAGAGCUUCAUCCUAGCUUCCAAAUGGAUCUUUUAUUGUCUAUGAUUCAAUCACGAAGGGACGAAGUUGAUCCAGAAUUGUUCGACACACUGGCAUCUUUUGCAGACUUCGUCCUAUUCAAAGAGACUAUGCUCAACUAUAAGUCCCAAAGAGACAAUGAAAUGGGCGAAUUCCCCACCUUGGUUGUCACUUCUAUGGCAUGUGGCCUGCCCAGAUCUUAGUAAACAUUCCUAGUUAGAUUCAGAAAUAUCCCCAGCUAAAUAAAAUAUUGCUGCUUACAGAAUCCCCUUACUUCAGAAUAGCGCGCUGUACUUCUGUUGAUCAGAGUUUAUUUUAACCAAGAUUUAAAUUGUAUGAUAUGUGUACAUUGUAAUAUAUUUUAUAUGGAUUAUGA